AUGGCCCACGCCCUUCGGCUCCGAUACGAGCCCGUUUCGCUGCCUUUGGGCCGGCACCGUCCCAUUCCAAAUACGCGAUGCCCCGCUUUCCUUCGCCCUGUCUCCCUCCGAAACUGCUUUCUUGGCGUCAAGCUCCGUUCCUCCGAACGGACCGUCCAUCCAUGGCGCUCCGACGGCCCCGGUCGCUUUCCGAAGCUGAGGGCCUCGUCUCCCUCCAUGUCGUUAUCCCUGGUGCCCGACAAGCACCUCGGCCUCUACGACCCGUCCUUCGACAAAGAUUCUUGCGGCGUUGGCUUCGGCGCCGAGCUGUCCGGCGAGAGUAACCGGAGAACGGUCACGGAUGCGUUGGAGAUGUUGGUCCGGAUGUCGCAUCGCGGCGCGUGCGGCUGCGAGACGAACACCGGUGAUGGGGCCGGCAUCCUUGUCGCGCUUCCGCAUGGGUUCUUCCAGGAGGUCGCCAAGGAUAUCGGGUUUGAAUUGCUACCAGCGGGGGAGUAUGCGGUUGGCAUGUUCUUCUUGCCACAAGAUGAAUGCCGGCGCAAAAAGGCGAAAUAUGAGUUCACUAAGGUUGCAGAGUCCUUGGGGCACGUCAUUGUUGGGUGGCGCUCUGUGCCAACUGAUAAUACAAGUUUGGGAAAUACUGCUUGUCAAACUGAACCUGUCAUUGAACAAGUGUUCCUGACAUCAAGUCCAGGAUCAAGAGCUGAUUUUGAGCAACAGGGCCUAUAUUUGCUAUAAAAUAUGUACAUAUUACGGAGAGCUUCUGUGGCUGCUAUUCGAGAUGCUUUAGACCUGCAACACAGGGAAGUGGGAGACUUCUAUAUGUGCUCUCUGUCUUCAAGGACGAUAGUAUACAAAGGUCAACUGAAGCCUGAUCAGUUGAACGACCACUACUAUGCAGAUCUUGGCAAUGAAAAGUUUACAAGCUACAUGGCCCUGGUUCAUUCUCGAUUCUCUACAAACACCUUUCCUAGCUGGGAUCGUGCUCAACCCAUGCGUGUUCUUGGUCACAAUGGAGAGAUCAACACGCUGCGAGGAAAUAUUAAUUGGAUGAAGGCUCGUGAGGGUCUGUUAAAGUGCCAGAAGCUGGGAUCAUCAAAAGAUGAGAUCAAGAUGCUUCUACCCAUUAUUGAUUCUGAUUCAUCAGAUUCAGGAGCAUUUGAUGUUGUCCCUGAGCUUUUAGUUCGAGCUGGUAGAACCUUGCCAGAAGCAGUAAUGAUGAUGAUUCCAGAGGCUUGGCAGAAUGACAAAAACAUGGAUGCUGAUAGAAGGGCAUUUUAUGAAUAUUUUUCAGCACUUAUGGAGCCAUGGGAUGGACCUGCUUUAAUAUCAUUUACUGAUGGUCGAUACCUUGGAGCAACAUUGGACCGUUAUGGGUUGCGGCCAGGUCGCUUCUACAUCACACAUAGUGGGCGGGUUAUCAUGGCCAGUGAAGUUGGUGUUGUUAAGGUUCCUCCUCAAGAUGUGGCUAGGAAAGGAAGGCUUAACCCUGGAAUGAUGUUCCUGGUUGAUUUUGAAAACCAUACUGUUGUCAGUGAUAAAGAUUUGAAGAAGCAAUACUCACAAGCAAGGCCAUAUGCUGACUGGCUUAAGAGACAGAAGAUACGCCGAGAAGAUAUUGUCAAUUCUGUGCCUGAAACAGAUAGAAUCCCUCCAAGCAUAUCUGGAACAAUUCCAGCAGAUAAAGAUGAUGGUAGCUUUCAAAACCUGGGGAUCCGAGGCCUCUUAGCUCCACUUAAGGCCUUUGGUUAUACAGUUGAAGCAUUGGAGAUGAUGUUGUUGCCGAUGGCAAAAGAUGCCAUCGAAGCUCUUGGGUCAAUGGGGAAUGAUUCUCCAUUGGCUGUGAUGUCAGACAAAGAUAAACUCACAUUUGAGUAUUUUAAACAGAUGUUUGCUCAAGUAACAAACCCACCGAUUGAUCCAAUUCGUGAGAAAAUCGUGACAUCUAUGAGUGAGUGCAUGGUUGGUCCGGAAGGGGAUCUGACUGAGACCACUGAAGAGAAGUGUCACCGCCUCACACUAAAUGGCCUUCUUCUCUCCAUUGAUGAAAUGGAAGCCAUCAAAAAGAUGAACUACAGGGGUUGGCGUAGCAAAGUUCUUGACAUCACCUAUCCUAAAAACUGUGGGCAGGAGGGUUUGGAAGAGACUUUAAAUCGAAUAUGUUCUGAAGCUCGUGGUGCCAUCGAUGAAGGCUAUACAAUCCUGGUACUGUCUGAUAGAGGUUUCUCAGCAAAGCGUGUUGCAGUAAGUUCCCUGCUGGCAGUUGGUGCUGUUCAUCAGUACUUAGUUUCAAUGCAUGAACGCAUACGAAUUGGAUUGGUGUUGGAAUCUGCUGAGCCUCGUGAAGUACAUCAUUUCUGUACGUUGGUUGGAUAUGGUGCUGAUGGUAUAUGCCCAUAUUUGGCCAUAGAAGCUAUUUGGCAUUUGCAAAUUGAUGGGAAGAUCCCUCCUAAAAGAAAUGGUAGGUUUCAUUCACGAGAUGGUCUUGUCAAGCAAUACUUCAAAGCGAGCCACCAUGGAAUAAUGAAAGUUCUUGCAAAGAUGGGGGUAUCAACCCUAGCUUCUUACAAGGGUGCUCAGAUUUUCGAAGCUCUGGGCCUUUCUUCUGAGGUGAUACAGAAGUGUUUUAAUGGCACGCCAAGCAGAGUCGUGGGUGUGACAUUUAAAAUGCUUGCUCAGGAUGCACUACGCCUUCAUGACUUGGCAUUUCCAAGCAGGGUGUUGCAAACUGGAAGUGCUGAGGCUGUGGCACUGCCUAAUCCUGGGGACUAUCAUUGGAGAAAAGGCGGUGAAGUGCACCUCAAUGAUCCUCUUUCUACUGCGAAACUGCAAGAAGCAGCCAGGACAAACAGCGAGGCAGCAUAUAAAGAAUAUUCCAAGCGUAUACAGGAGCUCAAUAAGAAAUGCAAUUUGAGGGGUGUGUUGAAGUUCAAAGAUAGUGGGGCAAAGAUCCCUCUGGAUGAAGUGGAACCUGCCAGUGAGAUUGUGAAACGCUUCUGCACUGGAGCCAUGAGUUAUGGAUCAAUAUCGUUGGAAGCACAUGAGACCGUUGGAAGCACAUGAGACCGUUGGAAGCACAUUGCAAUGAAUGGGAUUGGAGGAAAAUCUAAUACUGGUGAGGGAGGAGAGCAGCCUUCACUUACGGUGCCUCUUCCUGAUAGUUCAGUGAAUCCAAAGAGGAGUGCAAUCAAGCAAGUUGCAAGUGGACGAUUUGGAGUUUCCAUCUUUUAUCUUACUAAUGCUACCGAACUCCAGAUAAAGAUGGCCCAGGGGGCCAAGCCAGGUGAAGGCGGUGAACUUCCAGGCCAUAAGGUUACUGGUGACAUUGCAACCACCCGGCAUUCUACAGCUGGUGUAGGACUCAUCAGCCCUCCUCCGCACCAUGAUAUAUAUUCUAUUGAGGCAUAACAACUAAUUUAUGAUCUCAAGAACUCUAACCCAGUAGCUCGAGUAAGCGUUAAACUGGUCUCUGAAGCUGGUGUUGGAGUGACAGCCAGUGGGGUUGUAAAAGGGGGUGCGGAUCAUGUUCUGAUCUCAGGUCAUGAUGGAGGGACUGGAGCAUCCGGCUGGACUGGCAUUAAGAACGCGGGGCUUCCUUGGGAGCUAGGUUUGGCAGAGACACAUCAAACUCUGGUGGCAAAUGACCUGCGUGGCCGAACUAUUCUUCAGACUGACGGACAGUUAAAAAUUGGAAGAGAUGUUGCAAUUGCUGCUCUACUUGGUGCUGAAGAGUUCGGUUUCAGCACGGCCCCUCUCAUUACCCUGGGUUGCAUCAUGAUGCGGAAGUGCCAUAUGAACACCUGCCCAGUGGGCAUUGCCACUCAAGAUCCUGUUCUUCGUGAAAAAUUUGCUGGAGAACCUGAACACGUUAUAAGCUUUUUCUUCAUGCUGGCAGAAGAGGUGCGUGAGAUCAUGUCUCAUCUGGGAUUUAGAACAGUCAAUGAGAUGGUUGGCCGUGCAGAUAUGUUAGAAGUUGAUGAAGAAGUUGUUGAGGAUAAUGAGAAACUGGAGAGUAUUGACUUGUCAUUACUACUCAAGCCUGCAUCUGAUAUUCAUGCAGGAGCUGCUCAGUAUGGCAGCCAGAAGCAGGAUCAUGGCUUGGACAUGGUUUUAGACCAGACACUAAUCAUCAUCGAGUCACUGAUUCACAAUAUCAAUCGUGCUGUUGGCACCAUGCUGAGUCAUGAAGUUACUAAGAGAUAUCAUAUAAACGGGCUGCCUUCAGAUACAAUACACGUUAAGCUAAAUGGUAGUGCUGGUCAGAGUCUAGGGGCUUUUCUAUGCCCUGGGAUUACCCUUGAGCUUGAAGGUGAUAGUAAUGACUAUGUUGGGAAAGGAUUAUCUGGUGGCAAAAUUGUAGUUUAUCCUCCAAGAGAAAGCAAGUUUGACCCGGGGGAGAACAUUAUUAUUGGUAAUGUUGCCCUAUAUGGAGCAAUAGAGGGAGAGGCAUAUUUCAAUGGAAUGGCAGCUGAGAGGUUUUGUGUACGCAAUUCAGGCGCUCGAGCAGUUGUAGAAGGUGUAGGCGAUCAUGGGUGUGAGUACAUGACAGGUGGUAUUGUUGUUGUACUCGGAAGAACUGGGAGGAAUUUUGCUGCUGGUAUGAGUGGUGGAAUUGCUUAUGUUCUUGAUGUUGAUAACAAAUUUCAAACUAGAUGCAAUUCUGAGUUGGUAGAUCUGGACAAAGUUGAAGAGGAAGAGGAUGUUACAACAUUAAAAAUGAUGAUACAACAACAUCAACAUCACACUAACAGUGUGUUAGCCAGAGAAGUACUCUCUAAUUUUGACAAUCUUCUUCCGAAAUUUGUGAAAGUAUUUCCUCGAGAUUAUAAGAGAGCUCUUCAGAGUCUGAUGGCAGAGAAAGCUGCCAGCGAAGCUAAGGAGCAAGAAGAAGUGGAGUUGAUGGAGAAGGAUGCAUUUGAAGAACCCAAGAAGCUGGCAGCUGCAUCAGUAAAUGGGACAGAAACUAUGACAGUUCCAGAUUCAAAGAGGCCAACUCAAGUUGAUGAUGCUGUUAAGCAUCGAGGAUUUCUUGUAGAGCGGGAGAGCAUUUCAUACAGGGAUCCUAAUGUGAGAAGUAAUGACUGGAAAGAAGUUGCUGUGGAAUCAAAGCCUGGGCCAUUAUUAAAAACACAAUCUGCCCGUUGCAUGGAUUGUGGAACUCCUUUCUGCCAUCAGGCGUACUUUGGGUGCCCUCUUGGGAAUAAGAUACCAGAGUUUAAUGAAUUGGUCCAUCAGGAUAGGUGGCAUGAAGCAUUGGACCGACUUCUUGAGACCAAUAACUUCCCAGAAUUCACUGGUCGAGUCUGUCCUGCUCCAUGUGAAGGAUCUUGUGUGCUUGGCUUCAUCGAGAACCCCAUCUCUAUCAAAAGCAUAGAAUGCUCCAUCAUAGACAAUGCCUUCAAGGAAAGAUGGAUGGUGCCUCGUCCUCCCCUUCACAGAACUGGGAAGAGAGUUGCUAUUAUAGGUAGUGGGCCAGCUGGUUUGGCUGCUGCCGUCCAGCUAAAUAAAACGGGACAUUUAGUCACUGUUUUUGAGCAUCAUGACCGUAUUGGGGGCUUGAUGAUGUAUGGAGUUCCCAAUAUGAAGGCCGACAAGAUCGACAUUGUUCAAUGCCGUGUCAAUUUAAUGCAGCAGGAAGGCAUCAAUUUUGCGGUGAAUGCUCAUGUUGGAAAAGAUCCCCUGUACUCCCUUGACCUCCUCCAGUCAGAGAAUGAUGCGAUUGUUUUGCCUUGUGGAGCAACAAAACCAAGGGAUCUGCCUAUUCCUGGGCGUGAGCUCUCAGGAAUUCAUUUUGCAAUGGAAUUUCUGCAUGCGAAUACCAAAAGCUUGCUUGAUAGCAAUCUACAGGAUGGUAAAUACAUAUCUGCCAAAGGAAAGAAGGUGGUUGUCAUAGGUGGUGGGGAUACAGGAACAGACUGCAUGGGGACAUCCAUACGGCAUGGUUGUACGGGCAUUAUCAGUCUAGAACUCCUUCCUCAGCCACCUCGAACAAGAGCUCCAGGCAACUCAUGGCCUCAGUGGCCUCACAUUUUUCGUAUUGAUUAUGGUCACCACGAAGCAGCUGCCAAGUUUGGAAAAGACCCAAGAUUUUAUGAAGUCCUGACCAAGAGAUUUAUAGGAGAUGAAAAGGGAAGUGUUAAGGCACUGGAGGUGGUUCAUUUGCAUUGGGUUAAGGAUGCUAGUGGGAGGUUCCAAUUCGAGGAAAUCAAGGGGUCAGAAGAAAUAAUUGAAGCUGAUCUGGUGCUCUUAGCCGUGGGAUUUCUUGGUCCAGAAUCCACCAGCUGGGUUUGGAGAGGGACAGCCGAUCCAAUUUCAAAGCAGAGUAUGGGCGAUUCUCUACUAAUAUUGAUGGAGUCUUUGCUGCUGGAGACUGCCGACGUGGCCAAUCACUUGCUGUUUGGGCGAUCUCUGAGGGCCGGCAAGCAGCAUCUCAGGUGGAUAAAUAUUUGAUGAAACAAGAGACCACAAACACACAAUAGCUGGAUAAAGGUGAUGUCUGUAGUUUAGUUCCUAGUGUAACAUAAUUGUCUAGGUUUGGAAUUAAUUUGUUUCGGGAAUUUGCCUCCGUUUAAUGUCUUUAUUCUUUUGUUAUUAGUUUUACUCGUUUAAUUUAAUUAUUUUUAUGGGGCUGAAUUGU